ACUCUCACAGUGUCUAACGAUACUUGUCAGUGACAAGUCGCUCCCCUUGUACUUUGGCCCUGAAAUCUGCGGAGAUCCAUGCGUGAAUGAGCAGGGGCUUAUUCGAGACCUGUGGCUGACAAUGGCAGACAAUGAUCUAUUAUCCCAUCCUGGCUUGGAUAAGGUGGCUGGUGAGGAAUUCCUGCUAGAAGCAUUCCAGAUUAUGAUGGAGGAAGGCAUCAGGAAAGGGAUGGAUGCCUCUGAAAAGGUGUGUGACUGGAAGGAACCAGAUCACCUACAUCAAAUUCUGGACCUGGAUCUAAAAGACAGUGGGGAGCCCCAGGAAAGAUUGUUGGAACGUUGUCGGGAAGUUAUCAGAUAUAGUGUGAAAACAUGCCAUCCUCGCUUUUUUAACCAGCUGUUUUCAGGGCUUGAUCCUCAUGCCCUGACUGGACAGCUGAUCACAGACAUGCUCAAUACCAGCCAGUAUACAUACGAGAUUGCCCCAGUGUUUGUACUGAUGGAGGAGGUGGUGCUGAAGCAGCUGCGGAAGCUGAUUGGAUGGGAGGGCGGAGACGGGAUCUUCUGCCCAGGAGGUUCCAUCUCUAAUAUAUAUGCCAUGAACGUGGCACGGUACCACCGCUUCCCAGAAUGCAAGCAGAAAGGCAACUGGGCGUUGCCCAGGCUAGCCGCAUUCACUUCAGUAGAGUGCCAUUACUCCAUCCAGAAGGGAGCAGCUUUCUUGGGAAUCGGCACAGACAAUGUUUACCUGGUUGCUGUUGAUGAAAAGGGGAAAAUGAUCCCUGCUGAUCUGGAGAAACAGAUCAACCGGGUCAAAUCUGAGAGUGCAGUUCCCUUCUUUGUCAAUGCCACUUGUGGCACCACCGUCUUGGGAGCAUUUGACCCUGUGGCUGAGAUUGCAGAAGUGUGCUCAAGGCACAAAGUCUGGCUGCAUGUGGAUGCUGCAUGGGGUGGCAGUGCCCUCCUCUCCCGAAAACACCGGCACCUUCUGGAUGGGAUUAACAGGGCUGACUCUGUGGCUUGGAAUCCCCACAAGAUGCUUAUGACUGGGCUGCAGUGCUCUGCCUUUGUGCUUCGAGACAGCUCUGGUCUGCUGCAGAGGUGUCACUGUGCCAAAGCCACCUACCUCUUCCAGACUGACAAGUUCUACGACAUGUCUUAUGACCGGGGGGACAAAACCAUCCAGUGUGGGCGGAAAGUAGACUGCCUCAAGCUGUGGUUGAUGUGGAAGGCAAAUGGGACCAAGGGCUUGGAGCAGAGAGUGGAUAGGGCUUUUGCCUUCACUAGAUAUCUGGCUGAUGAGAUUAAGAAGAGAGAAGGUUUUCAACUGGUGCAGGAGCCAGAGUUUAUCAAUCUGUGUUUUUGGUUUGUGCCUCCCAGUCUACGGGGAAAGGAGGGAUCUGCUGAUUACUCUCACAGACUGGGGAAGGUGGCUCCUACUAUUAAGGAACGGAUGAUGAAGAAAGGAUCCAUGAUGGUGAGCUAUCAGCCGCAUGGAGACAAAGCCAACUUCUUCCGCCAGGUGGUCACCAAUCCAGCAGUCACCCAAGCGGACUUGGACUUCUUCCUAGACGAGAUUGAAAGGCUUGGCAAGGACCUGUAGCCGCCGUGCCCUGCCUCUCUUCACUCCUCCCCUCAGUCUGCUUGCGGAAACUUCUGGAAUGAUUAUGGGAACGUGUCACAAGAGUGGGGAGGCUUCAUGCUUUUCCUUUUCUGCUGCCUUCUGAAGGUACUGCAAAAAUCAGGAAUGCUGCAGCUCACCAGUGCUUAGUCCAUCCUACUCAUCUUCAAAUAAACCCUCUCCUAAGACCAUCUAGAAUAUAUUUUUCUAGGCCUUCCUUCCUCUGAGAGGAGGGAUGUCAGAGGGGGACCAGCUGUUGCAAGAAGCCACUGUAGGUAGAGGUGAGGGUACCAACUACAUUGUGUGAAAGAAGGAAAAUUUCAAGCCUUAUCUUUGGUCUCCCUAGGUCAAGUUUGCCUCUCCCCUUUGUAAAUAAUUUUUACAAGCAGCCCAGUUAAAUUGUGGGGAUGACAAUUACAAUUGAAUUAUAAGAAAUGAAUGUGAUCUUGCAAUGAUGAACAGAAUGUCAGAUCUGUUGUACAAAAAUAGAUUUUCUUGCAUAGC